AUGAAAUUCUCUAACAUUGCUGUUGCUGCUUACGCUGCUUACGCUUUUGCUGCUCCUGUUGCUGAGGCUAAUCCUGAUGCUCUUGCUUUUGCUGAGGCCCAUGCUGAUGCCGAUGCCUCUGCUGAAGCUGAAGCCGGAUUUUUGAAGAAGCUCUUGAAGCUCAAGAAGUGCAAGUACUUCGGCACUUGCUCUACCACAACUGUUGUUCCUGUUGUGACAACACCUUCCACCACCACUACCACCACCGGUACAACUGGUUCUGGAGGCUCUGGCGGCUCUGGCGGUGCUGGCGGUGCUGGUGGCUCUGGUGGUUCAACAACUGGUACUACUAAUGGCAAUAGCGGUACUACUAAUGGUAAUAGCGGUACUACUAAUGGUAAUAGCGGUACUACUAAUGGUAAUAGCGGUACUACUAAUGGUAAUAGUGGUACUACUAGUGGCAAUACAAGCGGUCAAACCACCACCAACAACAGUGGUCAGACUAACACUUCUAACAAUGUUGCUACCAAUACUAACACUGCCAACAAUGUUAACAACAACACUAACAACAAUAGCAAUACUAACAAUAAUGCCAACAACAACAACAAUAACAAUGCCAACACUAACGAUAACACCAACGGAAACACCAACAACAAUGGUAACACCAACGUUAGUGGCAACACCAAUGGUAACACUGGUCUUAACAGCAACACUAACUACCAGGUAAAUUUUGCUUCUGCUUUCAACGUUGCUACCUUCUACGUUCUUCCUAGUGGUCUCAUCACCUUAUCUGCUGGCUAUGGUGGAGUUGCAUUCAGCUUCACCAUCAGCGGCACUUCUUUGAUUGCAUCUGCUCCUGGCUUUAGCAAUGGUUAUGUCAUUGUCAACAGCAAUGGUGCUUUGCAGGUUGUCAGCAGUAGCACUUACACUGUCACUUGGAUUUCCGAGGGUGGUUACGUUACUCCCUCUGGCGGCACCAUUGUUGCCUGCCCUGACAAUGCUGGCAGCUACAUCCUUUACAGCAACGUUUCUUGCUCUGGUGGAAAAGUUGUUGCCUUCCUUACUGAUGCUGCAGAAUGGAUCCCCAAAGUUGACCCUACUUAUUCAGUGCUUGACACAGAUUCUUGGUACAAGGCUGUACUUCAGGAAAUACCUAAUACGGCAUCGAUUGAAGACUUGAAAGAAACUCUCUACAAUUUUAAUGAUUACCAUAUUGUUUUGAAUACCGAACCCAAAAUCAUUAGCAGAAACCAAUUUACCCAAACAGCAUUGGUUUCAUUCAGAAAUGCCCAAGACUAUGCAAAGUGUGCUGAUAAUCUUAUUAUCCAGUACACAAAAGUUAAAGUUAGACCUUUUAUUAGCAGAAAAAAAACUCCUGAAGAACUCCAAGCUAUGCGUAAUAAGAUACGAUUAUUGAAAAAUGAAUCAGACAAAAAGGAUAAUGAGGCCCAUCCUGUUUCCACUGACGACUCACAAGAUGAACCGAUGAAAGAAACAAAUAUUGAAGAACUAGAUGAAUCCAAUGAGGAAGAAAACGAAAACAAUUCUAUUACAUCCAAUGAAUUAUAA